AUGUUCACAACAACAUCUGAACAAUUUCUUAAACAAGGGAGGUACCCAUUACUCCCUAAAGACGUUCAAACCACUGGGUAUUACAAGACUCCGUAUGUAUUGGUAAAUCCUUCAAACACAAAUCAGAGUGACUCCAUUAUCAUCUUCUGUCAUCGUGUAUACUCUUCUCUCUCAACGUCUUUAACAAGCGCAAAUUUAUUGGCAGAAAUCACUGGUCUACCAGUGUUGUGCUUUGAAUAUCCGGGGUUCUACCCAAACACUACAUUCUCGAAAGCUAGUCUUCUUUGCGCUCUUUUGGAUAUAUACCAAUUCUCUUCGUCGACACUUCAUAAAGAUGGAAUUUAUAUUGUCGGGGAUUUGGAGGGCUGUUACCCUGCAAUGCACCUCGUCGACUGCCUUCGAAAACAGAAACAGUCACUGUCUGGUGUGAUAUUAUUAAACCCAAUAGAGGUUAAAGCAAGUAGAUAUAAGUGUAUGAAAUUUAAAGGGUGUAUUGUGUGUAGUGAUGAAGAGCCUUAUAAACGGAAGUCAAGGAAACUGGCACGGAAGUUUUGUAAAUGCAAAGAAGUGAUUCUGAAGACUUCUAAGCUUGACAUUUUAAAUGAAGAGACUGACGAAGUGUUAAAGUGUAUUAUAGCGCUGAUUAAAAUGGAAAUGGUUGACUUAAAAGAGCUUUGUUGUGAAGAAUUGAUUAUUCAGAAACCACAACAGUACUAUAGUCCAAUAGAAAUAGUUACGGGUUUGGUUGGUGACACAGAGUUGGCGACUCUUUUACUCACAAAUGGGUACUUUUCUGCUGAAAUAAUUGCAUUGAUGACAACUGAUGAAAUCAACAACUUGAAACUCUGCGAAAAGCACAAGAAAAUAGUAAGUGCGGUGAUUCAACAGUUAAACUCCCGUUCAUCCCCUACACCCCUUUCUCCUUUGUCAACAUCAUUGAAUUCCCCUAUCGAAGUAUCAAUAGAAAGUUCUUCAACAUGUUCCCCACGCCACGAAAAGAUGACUAAGUCGUCGACACAAUUUUUCACUAAACCAGUGAGAAAGCAAAAGUCUGUGGACAACACACCAUACAUCUCACCAAGAAAACAAGAAGAAAAGUAUUUGUUUCCUAAAGAGGUGAAAGAAAAGCAACCAACUCGACUUGGCAGUUUUGGGUCGGCUCACAAAUUGUCAAAAUCUAUGAACCCACUUGUACCUAUUUUCCAUGAUGACUAUUUUGAACUUGUGGUGAGUCAAAAUGAUGACUCUCCAAAGACAGCGAGAGUUGCAAGACACGUUAUAUAA